AUGCGAAUUUGCAGGGCCUCGGAGAGGAGGUUGGCCGCCAGGGUUGUCCGCGCCUACAGGACGGUGUCGCAGCGGGCGGCGCUGGUCCUGGCCGGCCGAUGGGGACAAAGGAGGGCCGGCUCCUCCGCGGGAGGAGGAGCCGAAGCCCCAGCGGGUGACCCGCUCGAUGGGGAGGAAGAAGGCGGAGGCAAAGGACGACGAAGACGAGAGGGGCCUGGAGGAGCCCGCCAUGGACGUGGAGUAAUGGCGGGCCAGGUCCUCCAAGUCAACCUUAACCGCGCCCGCCGGGCUCAGGAUCUUUUUCUCCAGAGCAUGGUGGAGCGCGGAUACGCGUUGGGAGUCGCGGCGGAACCACAUCGCGUGCCUGUCGGCCACCCACACUGGGUCACCGACAGGCGUGGCUCCGUCGCGAUUACUUGGUGCCCCUCCACGUGCUCCUCCCCCAUGACUCUUCUUGAGUCUGGGGAGGGGUUCGUGGCAGUAGAGUGGGGCGACACCGUCGUGGUCGGUAGCACCCGCUACGCGCCUCCGGCAAUGGGUCUCGCCGCAUUUGACGAUUAUUUGACCGGAGUGGGGGAGUGUGUCCAACGAUGCCUUCCCCGCCCGGUCCUGGUCGCGGGGGACUUCAACGCCAAAUCUGGCCUUUGGGGUUCCCCGCGGAUCGACGUCAGGGGCGAGAUCCUGGUCGUUUGGGCGGCAACUCUGGGCCUGUGCGGUUCCAUCCCGUCGCCACCCGGCCGGAGGCGACCGACCACGGCGGUGGAGAGUAAAGGAGAUAUGCGGGGACUCGCUGAUCGCCAGUCUCCUCGCGGCGACGUGGCCGGACAGGCGUCUGGCCGAUGA